UCAGAUACGCCUGAGGAAAGAGCUCACCUUUAGAACUCUUUAGGGAAAGUAUGAAAACUAAUUAGGGAUUUUAUUGUUCUGUGGUUAUUCAAUGAAAAAGGGACUUCAAGGAAUUCCAUAUUUUCCCCUCUUUGGUUUGGAUCACUGAAAUUAGAGAAUUAAUUUACUAAGAAGUUGGCUGAAUGUUGCAAGCCUGCAAAAUGGAAGGAUUCUCCCUCAUUUCCCCUCCCUCUGAAGAUCUGAUACCCUAUGACUCAGACCUCUACAGACAGUCCCAUGACAGUUACCAGUAUCUCAACAGUGAUGCAGACAGUCAUGGUGGUGAAUUGCUUUUAUGUCCAUCAGAGCACUACUGGGAAUAUCACCCACACCACCUGCACCCCGAGUUUGAGAGCUUUGGGGACAACCACUUUGCAGAGCUCCAAAGUGUACAGGCACCUCAGCUGCAGCAGCUCUACCGGCAUAUGGAAAUUGAACAGAUGCAUGUCCUAGACUCUGGGAUUCCUGCCACACAUAUUGGUCUCAAUCACCAGGUUACCUACGUGCCUCGCAUGUGUGUGCAAUUUUCCUCUCCUCACCAGCGCAGUUCUGAUGAAGAAGAUCUAGAGAGACGGAGCCCACCAUUGGAAGUAUCAGAUGGAGAGACAGAUGUUGGUGAGCCUGGUCCUGGAAUUAUGGGUGGAGAAGCAGGGAGUAAGAAGAAAAUUCGACUGUACCAGUUUCUUCUGGACUUGCUUCGGAGUGGAGAUAUGAAAGAUAGCAUCUGGUGGGUGGACAAGGAGAAAGGCACUUUCCAGUUCUCCUCCAAACACAAAGAGGCAUUGGCUCACCGUUGGGGCAUCCAGAAAGGCAACCGCAAGAAAAUGACCUACCAAAAGAUGGCACGGGCAUUGAGAAACUACGGCAAGACCGGGGAAGUCAAAAAAGUCAAGAAGAAGUUGACAUACCAGUUUAGCGGAGAGGUGAUGGGAAGGGGAGGCAUAGAGAGAAAGCACUAUCUUUGAACAUAGAUCUUGGAAGCCUGAAAAGCCAAGCCAUAAAGACACAUUGGUUGGACUUGGCAGAACUGCUGAGUGCAUCUUUUACUAUGCUUUCCAUGUCCACAGCCUUGUCGUGUUGAGGCUUUUAAAUGUCCAAUGUUUCUGGUACGAAUUUCCUUCUUCAGCUUUCAGAUUUCUACUGAAUUUUUUGCUUCCACCCAUCAAGCUGGACAUAGUAAGAGGUUUUUUAAAAUGUAUAUUAUUUUCAGAAAACAUUUUAUUGUGCUGUAAUUAAAAUAGGCAACUAAUACAGUUUGUGGUCCUUCACAGGCAGUACUGUUUUACCUUUGGAGACUACCUUAGCUUACAACUUUUAAACUAGCAUUAAUUCAGGCUCUGCUAAACCUCUCCAUGGCUAGAGAGAGAAGUUUACAGAUCUUGGAAAAUAUACCUAAUUGUUUAAAUAUUAAUAACAUGUAUAUAUUUAAUAAAAUCUGGAGUAAUGUAAGCACAUGCUUUGCAUUAAUGAGGAACUGGUUUAUCAAUAUAAGUUUUAGAGUCGUUGAGUGCAUACCUAUGCCAUAAACUUAAACUGCUUUAUGAACUGUCCAAGUAAAACAGUACUAAGUAUUCAAGUACCUGGAACAGUGACUUGAAGUGCUCACAGAAGGGAAUUUCCUGACCUGCCCCCCUCACAGAAAUCUGUCAUGCCCAUUAAAUUCUGCUCUGGGAGUGGGGGGUGGGGUUGAAUUGGGAAUCUGCAGUGAGAUGCCAAAGAUCACCCUCUUUUUCUGCAUUGAGAAGUGCUUUCCACAAGCAGAAAAAUAGGGUCUAAACCACAGUAAAUAAUCAUUUAGGGCCGAACUAGACAUGACAGCAUCCUCAUGGCUGCUAUGGGGAUGCUGUUACCAUUUUAAAGUAAUUCAAAUAUGCCUUAAGAGCGCAGAGCAGCAGAUUGAGACAUCCCCUGUGCCUUAUCAAGUGCCAAAAUGACCCCCACUGGUGUUUCAGAAUUGGGGGGGGACAAGAGCA